GGGUGGGUGGUGGUUACAACCUGGGACUGGGUUGAGGAGACUGGGAUGGGAUGGGAUGGGAUGGGAUGGGAUGGCGUGCAUCUUCUUGGGCAAUGGGAUGGGAUUGACAUUGGGAUUUGACGGGUUACAUCGAUGGAGGGCGAGGGUGAUUCGGGUUCUUGGUCUUGCAUUGUUUUGCUGUUCCAAUGGUUUCUUGUCCUUGGCAUGAGCUUGUGUUUUUCCUCUGCGGCGUUGGUGGAUUGGGGAAGGAAGGGUUUCUUUCCAUUGCUCUCUGUUUACCUACUCACGCUUGGUUGCUCUCCAGCUAGUUGUCUUGUCCCGCAUUCACGUAACUACCUAUAUAGGGCGCCCUGUUGAAUGGAAGGUUUCAGCGUCUUUUCCAUCACAAGCAUCCAAUAUCGUUCACUUCAACAAUUAUCCCUUUUCUUCUUGCGUUUGUCUCAUGGCAGACAGUUCCCUCGCAUACAAGUACAGAAUAGUACUCCAUGAAUUGAGCCUUGGCAUCUUUAACGGAUAGCGCCGGGUCUCUGCUUCAGUCCAGCAGGGCAGGCGAGCUCUUGCUCCGCUCUUCUGCAGCCCAGACCCGCCCAACCACGAGGGCAGCGGGGCAAAAAACGCGACUUCCACAACGUGCCGGGCGCUCCUUCCAUAUCGUCGUUGCCCGAGCGAGACGCCCUAUCCAGAAAUGGAAGCUGGG